AUGGACGAAGAAAUUGAGGGAUGGGUCCGGAGGUGCACUGCAUGUCAGGAGUCCCGGCCUGAACCGCCCAGCGCCCCUGUGCAGCGUUGGGAAGCACACAGAAAGCCGUGGGCCAGGCUACACAUAGAUUUCGCUGGCCCCUUCCAGGGCCAGAUCUUCUUUAUAUUGGUAGAUGCCUACACUAAAUGGCUGGAAGUCAUCCCGGUGGCUUCGACAUCCACGGCUGUGGCAAUUCGGGCAUUACGCAGGGUCCUGAGCACACACGGGAUCCCAGACACCAUUGUCUCUGAUAAUGGAACCGCCUUCACCUCCCGAGAAUUCCGGGAGUUUUUGCAGAGGUACCUGAUCCAUCACAUAAGGUCCGCCCCAUUCCAUCCAGCUACCAAUGGCCAGGCAGAACGGAUGGUACGCACCACAAAAGAGGCCCUGGGCCGCAUAGUACAGGGAGACUGGACCACCGCCUAG